AUGGCUUUAUCGAAACUUCCAAAAGCAUUCGAUUUACCUUCUGCUUUAAAGAAAGGUUACUUUCCGUAUCUCUUCAAUACGAAAGAAAAUGAGAGAUAUAUUGGAAAAUUGCCACCAAUGAAAUAUUAUAGUGCAGAUACUAUGCGAACGGAGGAACGUGCAAUUUUCCUAAAAUGGUAUUCAGAACAUAAAAAUGAUUAUUUUGAUAUGGAGAACGAGCUAGUAGAAUAUUGCAAAAGUGAUGUCAAAAUUUUGACAGGGGCGUGCUUGGAGUUCCGAAAACUUUUUCUGACUCAAUGUAACGUUGAGCCAUUUAUAGAAUCGGUAACGAUUGCUUCAGCUUGCAAUUUGCUAUAUAGGCGAAACUUUCUAAAACCAGACACUAUCGGACUAAUACCGAAAAACGGUUACAGAUGUGUUGACAAUCAGUCACCAGAAGCCAUCAAGUGGAUGAUUUCGGAAGAACGUAAUAGAAAAAUAAACAUCAGACAUUCGUAUAAAGGAAAAGAGGUUUUAAUCAACGGGGUAAAAGUUGAUGGUUUUUGUCAAGAAACCAAUCAAAUUUUUGAAUACCACGGAUGCUAUUACCAUGGUCACCCUCUCUGCUUGAAGCAUAAACGGGAUGAUCCUCUGCACGAGAACGAGAAAGACACGUUGAACCGAAGGUAUGAGACAACAAAAGCGAGGACAGAAAGACUGAGGGAUUUCGGUUACGAGGUAAUUGAAAUGUGGUCUUGUGUGUUUCGGAAGAAUCUCAAGUCGUUUAAGAAAGAAGACAGAGAUUUCUUAAACUACCACGAACUUAUUCAAAGUUCCCCUCUAAAUCCUCGCGAUGCUUUUUAUGGCGGCCGAACCGGAAAUGUCGUCGAUUUCUACAAGUGUAAAGAAGGGGAAAAGAUAAGGUACAUAGAUAUAUGUUCCCUCUACCCUUGGGUAUGCAAGAAUGGAAAAUUCCCCAUUGGACAUCCCAAGAUUCACAUCACUGGUGAUUCAGCCUGCUCAACUACUUCAAAUUUGGAAGGAAUGAAUGGGCUCGUGAAAUGUAAAAUUUUACCUCCGGAAAACCUGCUUCACCCAGUUUUACCAAUAAAGCAAAAUUCUAAGCUCAUGUUCUCACUAUGUCGAAGCUGUAGUGAUGAGAGAAAUGUAGAAUCAUUGUGUUCUCAUACUGAUGAGCAAAGAGCGUUGGUUGGGACUUGGGUAAUUGACGAGGUCAAUAAAGCAGUGGAAAAAGGAUACAUCAUACUCAAUAUAUUUGAAAUAUGGGAGUAUAAUGUAGUCCAGUAUAACCCGGAUAAAAAUUCAGAUGAUGGACUGUUCACAUCUAUGAUGAACAAAUUCCUUAAAAUAAAACAAGAAGCAUCUGGCUGGCCAAAAAAUAUUCAACUGGAAUUUUCGGAGAUUUGUAAUAAUCCAGGAAAAAGAUCGCUUGCAAAACUGAUACUAAAUUCGUUUUGGGGAAAGUUUGGGCAACGUGAAAAUCAGCUUCAAACUGUUGUUGUGAACAACCCUUCAACUUUCUUUCAUUUGCUAACGCAUCCAUCGGUUGAAGUGCUUCACAUUCUUCCUGUGAAUGAAGAAAACGUCGUCGUUAACUUCGAAAUGAAAGAAGAAGCUAUCGACUCUCUGGCCACCGUAAAUGUCUGUGUUGCUGCUUAUACUACAACUUUAGCACGGCUCAAACUAUAUAGCUAUCUGGAGAGCUUAGGAGAAAGAGUUUUGUAUUACGAUACUGAUUCUGUUAUCUACAUAAGCCGUGAAGGAGAAUUCGAACCUCCUACUGGACAAUUCAUCGGUGAUAUGACAGACGAAUUGGAAAGUUACGGAGUAGGAAGCUAUAUAACAGAAUUCAGUGAAAUUAAACUCAAGGCAAAUAACAAUACUUUAAAAUGUGAAGUGAUUAGCUCAGAAGACAUUGACUUCUCUAAACCAAAUUCUAUUGGAGCUAUUUUGGGGUUUAGCAAAAAAAUUCUUGAGGCAAAUGUAUAUCAUGAAUCAGAUCUUUAUGUUGAUAUUAAUAGAGUAAAUGCUGUCCGCAUUGAAUGCAAUAUCAUAGAAGGAACGUAUAUUAAUAGCCAAACAGCACACAUCUUACAUGAAUUUGCUGUUAAAGUAAGUCCAGGCUAUAAAAUCGUUGAAGCUCCGAGGAAUGUUAUUUAUUUACCUGUGAACGUCAAGCGGAUAACAUCACUGUGUUUAAAAAAGUUUUUGUAUGUUGAAGGAACAAUUUCAAAAGCUGAUGGAAAAGAGAUACUCACUACAAAACUUGUAAAUAAUGCAAUGGCUUUUCUCUUUGAUGAAAUACGAUAUGAACUGAAUGGCAAAGAAAUUGACUGUAAUCGAAAUGUCAAUCUUAUUUUGAAAUAA